AUAUGGAUGACUGUUUCAGAUGCCCAGAAGACCAAUAUCCAAACAGGAACAAACAUGGAUGCAUCUUGAAAAUGAUGAGCUUUCUUUCUUAUGAAGAACCCUUAGGGAUCAGCUUAGCCUCAAUUGCUAUUUGUUUCUCCAUUGUCACAACUUUAGUGUUUUUAGUUUUUGUGAAGCACAGAGAUACACCCAUUGUCAAAGCCAACAACCGAGACCUCACCUACACUCUCCUCAUCUCUCUACUGCUCUGCUUUCAAUCUUCUUUGCUAUUCCUUGGCAAACCAGGGAAAAUGGCCUGCUUCCUCAGACAACCUACUUUUGGCAUCAUCUUCUCCGUGGCUGUUUCUUGUGUGCUGGCCAAAACCAUUACUGUAAUUGUAGCUUUCAUGGCCACCAGACCAGGGUCCAGCCUGAGGAAGUGGGUGGGGAAAAGACUGGCCAACUCCAUUGUCCUUUCCUGCUCUUUGAUUCAAGCAAGUCUUUGUUCUCUCUGGUUGGCAACUUCUCCCCCAUUCCCAGAUUUAGACAUGCACUCACUAAUGGAAGAAAUCACUGUGCAAUGUAAUGAAGGGUCUGUGACCCUGUUUUCCUGUGUUUUGGGCUACAUGGGCCUCCUGGCUUUCUUCAGCUUCCUGUCAGCAUUCCUGGCCCGCAAAUUACCUGACAGUUUCAAUGAAGCCAAGUUCAUUACCUUCAGCAUGUUGCUCUUUUGCUGUGUUUGGUUGUGCUUUGUCCCAACCUACCUAAGCACCAAAGGGAAGUACAUGGUGAUGGUGGAGAUCUUCUCCAUCUUGGCCUCCAGUGCUGGCUUACUGGGCUGCAUCUUUGCCCCGAAAUGCUACAUUAUCAUGCUGAGGCCAGAGCUGAACAACAGAGAGCAACUAAUAAGAAUAAAGAAUUAAGGCAUCUCUUUGAUUUGCCAUCAUUUUAUUC